UUCUCAUUCGACGCCACUUUCUGGGUUCCCGAGGCUCUAUCGUGAAGUCAAGAUCUCAACACCAUCUUCGACAGCCCAGCUGACUGCAACCUUGUUCGAAAUGCUAUCAACCGUUUGGAAUGCGCUUACUUUGUUGGCGGUGUUUAUGGCAACGUCCAUUUCACCAGCCGCUGCCCUUCCCAACAUCCGAGUUCUGCCAUUAGGCGACUCCAUCACAAAAGGAACAGGCUCGACGGGUUUAGUUGGAUACCGUCUCCCAUUGCGACAGAAGAUCCUAAAGCAAGGCGUGAAGGUCAAUAUGGUCGGGACGUUGAAGAACGGUAAUAUGGUUGAUGGACAUCACGAAGGUCACAGUGGAAAAAUGCUCGCCGACAUCAACGGCUACUGGCAAAAGCCAAUCCAAGCCCGUCCUAAUGUCAUUCUCAUACACGCCGGCACCAACAACAUGGACCAAGGAAAGGAUCUCGACAUUGCUGCAUCCAUUCUUGCAGAUAUCGUCGACGGAAUCUUCAAAGUCGCACCAGACGUGACAAUCUGCCUAGCACCAGUUAUUUGGGCCAACGAUAAGAAGAUGCAGGCGAAUACAGAUAAAUUCAACCCUCAAGUUCGAUCACUUAUCUCAGCGAGGCAAAAGAAAGGAAAGCACAUUCUUGAAGUCCCAAUUGAUAUCAAGAAGGAGGAUCUUGGUGAUACAAAACACCCGAAUGAUGAUGGUUAUGAGAAGAUGGCGAAUGCGUGGUUGAAGGCGAUUUUAGAGGCUGAUAAGAAGGGUUGGUUGAAGAUGCCGGUCAAGAUGAGUCCUGAAGAUGCGCCAGGAACUGGGCUUGGGGCAUGAUCUCGAUACUUGUGAUUAUAUGUAUAUUGAUGUUGAAUGAGAACAUAGUGAUGACUGCAUAAUGCAACAAACUGCUUACUUCAAGCCAUGACCUUUAUCUGUCC